AUGGGUAUUAAAUGGAGUACUAUCUUGAUCUGGGCUUUGGAUUUGAUCACAAUUGUCGUUCCAUCCGCCUUACCAGCAACAAUUCCAAUUGGUACCUCUUUCUCUAUGGCACAUUUGAGGAAGCCGGGAAUAUUCUGUAUCUCACCCAACAGAGUCAACAUCAGUGGCAAAAUCAACUUGAUAUGUUUUGAUAAGUGA